GCAAUUUAUAUACACCUGUAACAACAGAUUCCCUUCCACCAUAUUCUGCCCAUUUUAGAGAGAGAAAGAGAGCGACAUAGAGAGAGAGAGAUGGUUUCAAUGGAGGAGGAGAAGAGAUCAGGUCCUACUCAUGGAGAAACCAAAACCAAAGCAAUUGGUGCAGCUAUAAUGGCACUUAUAAUGCUUAUCUUUAUUGCUUAUCUUUUUCUUUGGGUUAUGGUGCCAACCCACAUAUUCAGACAGAAUUGGUCCCCCAAAAUUCAAGCAAACUCCAAUUCUACUUACUUUGGAUCGCAAGGUUACAAUUUUCUUCUUUACACAUUUCCCAUUCUAUUCAUGGCUAUUUUGGGCUCGGUGUAUCUCCAUUUGGGAAAUAAAGUUGGUCAUGACAAUACCAUCAAAAGCAACAACUUAAGACGUCGUUUGGCGUCGUGGAAGCGGCCUAUGAUUAUCAAAGGCCCAGGAAUUGUUUCUGGGAUAGAACUGGCCUUCUUUGUCAUGUUCAUUGCACUCUUGCUUUGGAUUUUUGCAAAUUAUUUGCAUUUCUUCUUUGCUCGAAUUGGCGAUUCAAAAUUCUCAAGGUGGGAAGCUAAGUUGGGGAGAGUAGCUCUGACUCUGGGCAUUGUUGGAAAUGUUUGUCUUGUAUUUCUCUUCUUCCCUGUGACUCGUGGAUCUUCGGUGUUACCUCUAUUUGGCCUCACUUCAGAGGCUAGCAUCAAGUACCAUAUAUGGCUUGGACACAUUGCCAUGCUACUCUUUACCACUCAUGGUGUCCUCUACAUUGCUUACUGGGCUGCCACGCAUCAAUUAUCCAAGGUGCUAAAAUGGAGCAACAAUCAUGUAUCAAACGUGGCUGGGGAGUUGUCUUUGCUGUUUGGAUUAGUUUUGUGGGUGACAACCUACCCUAGUAUUCGGCGAAAGUUUUUCGAGCUCUUCUUUUACACCCAUUACCUCUACAUCCUCUUCAUAAUCUUCUUCGUAUUCCAUCUUGGCAUCUCCUAUUCCGGCAUGAUGCUUCCUGGCUUCUACCUCUUCUUGAUCGAUCGAUACUUGAGGUUCUUACAAUCACGACAAUGUGUCCGACUACUUUCAGCUCGCAUUCUACCAUGUGAAACUGUUGAGCUUAACUUCUCUAAGAGCCCAGGUUUGAGUUACACCCCAACAAGCAUCUUAUUCAUGAAUGUGCCCAGCAUUUCCAAACUUCAGUGGCAUCCUUUUACCAUCAGUUCUAACAGUAAUUUGGAGCCGGACAAGAUCAGCGUCAUCAUCAAGAAUGAAGGAAGUUGGUCAAAGAAGCUUUAUCAGAUGCUUUCGGCGCCAUCUCCUGUCAGCCGUCUUAAUGUCUCCAUUGAAGGACCUUAUGGACCCAUUUCAACUCAUUUUCUAAGGCAUGACACACUUGUUAUGGUGAGUGGAGGCAGUGGCAUUGCCCCUUUAAUCUCUAUCAUCAGGGAGCUCAUCUUUAUGAGCACAACAUUGAAAUGCAAUACUCCAAAGGUUCUUCUCAUCAGUGCCUUCAGACACUCUUCAGAUCUAGCAAUGCUAGACCUCAUCCUCCCACUCUCAGGCAUUCCAACUGAAUUUCCCAACUUAGAGCUGCAAAUUGAGGCAUAUGUCACAAGAGAGAAAGAACCCACAACAGAAAACCGAAAGCUCCUCCGACCCAUAUGGUUCGACUCGAAUGCAUCAGAUGUGCCUUUAUCUCCCAUUUUAGGCCGAAACAGCUGGCUUUGGCUUGGCGCAAUCAUAUCAUCUUCUUUCAUCAUAUUCCUCAUAUUCGUAGGCAUUCUCACUCGAUACUACAUUUAUCCAAUUGAUCAUAAUACCAAUAAAAUCUACUCACACUCUGCAAGAGCUGCUUGGAAUUUGUUGCUCAUAUGUAUUUGCAUAGCCAUGACUGCUAGCGCAGCUUUCCUUUGGAACAAGAAACAACUUGCCAUGGAAGCAAAGCAGAUUCAGAGCAUGGAAGGAUCGACACCAUUAGUCUCAUCGGAGUCUGGAUUCUACAAUGCAGAUAAAGAACUAGAAAGCGUCCCUCACCAGUCUCUUGUCCAAUCUACCAAGGUGCAUUAUGGUGAAAGACCUAACCUGAAGAGAACUUUGUUUGAAUGCAAAAGCCCGAGUGUUGGUGUUCUUGUCUGUGGCCCCAAAACAAUGAGGCAUGAGGUUGCAGCCAUCUGCUCAUCUGGUUUGGCAGCUAACCUGCAUUUCGAGUCCAUCAGCUUCAGCUGGGUAAUCUCACAAGUCAAGGAACUGAUAUUAGUAUACAGUAGUAUACAAUUUGCCCAUUUUAGAGAGAGAGAGAACCAGAGAGAGAAAGAGAGAGUUUCAAUGGAGGAGGAAAAGAGAUCAGCUCCUACUCAUGGAGGAACCAAAAUCAAAGCAAUUGGUGCAGCUAUAAUGGCACUUAUAAUGCUCAUCUUUAUUGCUUAUCUUUUUCUUUGGGUGAUGUUGCCAACCCAUACAUACUUGGAGACAUGGUCAACCAAAAUUCUAGCAAACUCCAAUUCUACUUACUUUGGAUCACAAGGUUACAAUAUUCUUGUUUACACAUUUCCCAUCCUAUUCAUGGCUGUUUUGGGCUGUAUGUACCUCCAUAUGGGAAAGAAAACUAAUCAUGACAAUACCAUCAAAAGCAACAACUUAAGACAUCGAUUGGGGAAGAGGCCGGUGAUCAUCAAAGGCCUAGGAAUUGUUUCUUGGAUAGAGCUGGCCUUGUUUAUCAUGUUCAUUGCACUCUUGCUUUGGAUUUUUUCUAAAUUUUUGCAAUUCUUCUUUGCUGAUAUUGGAGAUCCAAAUUUCUCAAAGGGCGAUAAAUUAUGGGAAGCUAAGUUGGAAAGAGUAGCUCUGAAUCUGGGCAUUGUUGGGAAUGUAUGUCUUGCAUUUCUCUUCUUCCCUGUGACUCGCGGAUCGUCGGUGUUGCCUCUGUUUGGACUCACUUCAGAGGGCAGCAUCAAGUACCAUAUAUGGCUUGGACACAUUGCCAUGGCACUCUUUACUGCUCAUGGUGUCCUCUACAUUGUUUACUGGUCUGUCACACAUCGAUUAUCGGAGGUGCUAAAAUGGUACAACACUAAUGUAUCAAACGUAGCAGGAGAGCUGUCUUUGCUGUUUGGAUUAGUAUUGUGGGUGACAACCUACCCUAGUAUUCGGCGAAAGUUCUUUGAGCUCUUCUUUUACACCCAUUACCUCUACACCCUCUUCAUCAUCUUCUUCAUAUUCCAUCUAGGCUUCUCCUACGCCUGCAUUAUGCUUCCUGGUUUCUACCUCUUCUUGAUCGAUCGAUACUUGAGGUUCCUACAGUCACGACAACGUGUCCGAUUAGUUUCUGCCCGCAUUCUUCCAUGUGAAACUGUUGAGCUCAACUUCUCUAAGAGCCCAGGUCUGAGUUACACUCCAACAAGCAUCUUAUUCAUGAAUGUGCCCACCAUUUCCAAACUUCAGUGGCAUCCUUUUACCAUCAGUUCUAACAGUAAUUUGGAGCCGGACAAGAUCAGCGUCAUCAUCAAGAAUGAAGGAGGUUGGUCAAAGAAGCUUUAUCAGAUGCUUUCGGUGCCAUCUCCAGUUACCCGUCUUAAUGUCUCCAUUGAAGGACCUUAUGGACCUGUUUCAACUCAUUUUCUAAGGCAUGACACACUUGUUAUGGUGAGUGGAGGCAGUGGCAUUGCCCCUUUAAUCUCUAUCAUCAGGGAGCUCAUCUUUAUGAGCACAACAUUGAAAUGCAGUACUCCAACGGUUCUUAUCAUUAGUGCCUUCAGGCACUCUUCAGAUCUAACAAUGCUAGACCUCAUCCUCCCACUCUCAGGCAUUCCAACUGAAUUUCCCAACUUACAGCUGCAAAUUGAGGCAUAUGUCACAAGAGAGAGAGAACCCACAACAGAAAACCGAAAGCUCCUCCGACCCAUAUGGUUCGACUCGAAUGCAUCAGACGUGCCUUUAUCUCCCAUUUUAGGCCGAAACAGCUGGCUUUGGCUUGGCGCAAUAAUAUCAUCUUCUUUCAUCAUAUUCCUCAUCUUCGUAGGCAUUCUCAUCCGUUACUACAUAUAUACUAUUGAUCAUAAUACCGACAAAAUCUACUCAUACUCUGCAAGAGCUGUUUGGAAUAUGUUGCUCAUAUGCAUUAGCAUAGCCAUGACAGCCAGUGCAGCUUUCCUUUGGAACAAGAAACAACUUGCCAUGGAAGCAAAGCAGAUACAGAAUAUGGAAGGGUCGACGCCGGUAGUCUCAUCAGAGUCUGGAUCCUACAAUGUAGAUAAAGAACUAGAAAGCCUCCCUCGCCAGUCUCUUGUCCAGUCUACCAACGUGCAUUAUGGUGAAAGACCUAACCUGAAGAGAACUUUGUUUGAAUGCAAAAGCCCGAGUGUUGGAGUUCUUGUUUGUGGCCCCAAAACAAUGAGGCAUGAGGUUGCAGCCAUCUGUUCAUCUGGUUUGGCAAGUAACCUGCAUUUCGAGUCCAUCAGCUUCAGCUGGUGAUUUACUGAUCUUCCAUGCAAAUAAGCCUACUUGUAAGCUUUGAUAUGUGUAUACCAGAGUAUAGAUUAUGCAAUAUAAUUAGAUGGUAUGAAUGUAUGAUAGAUAAUACAAGUAUAAUAGAAUUUACAAUAAAGGUAGUAAAAGUGUUCUGUUCAUACAUGAAA